AUGGAGGAUAACCAUACUACAUUGGCUGACUAUAGCAUUCAACAUCAAUCCACGCUUGACCUCUUGGAGAAGAUGCAAAUCCACAUCAAGGAGACACUACAAGGCUUGACCUUCACCGUGGAUGUCGACAGUUCAGAUACUAUCGACAACAUAAAGGACAAGAUUGAAAACAAUGAUGGCUUUCCCAAGGGUCGACAGUGCCUUAUCUUUGCCAACGAACAGCUAGAGGGAAAGCGCACCUUGGCGGAAUAUAACAUUUGCAAGGAGUCCAACCUUCUCCUUGUCCUCUACCCAUGUCGAAGAGGCAGUAUACUGAUCUUUGUGAAGAUGCUAACAGGAAACACCGUCACUUUUAAGGCCAAAAGCUCAGAUACCGUCAACAGCAUCAAGGUGCAGAUCUAUGAGAUGAAUGGCAUCCGCCCCAUACAUCUACGCAUCAUCUUUGAUGGCCGCCAGCUGGAGGGCUCGCGCACCCUAGCGUACUAUAACAUUAAGAAUGAGUCUACCUUACACGUGAUGCUUCGCCUUUGUGGUUGCUGA